AUGGCCCCAGUUCAGUUCUGGCUCAUGUUUGUUUCUGCUCUGGGUUCAGGUCCAGCCCAUGGAUGGUGCCAGCUGGUUUGUGAGUCUGUUUGGUUGCAGCUGCAGCUCAUGGGCAGCUCUGGCUGGAGCUCGUUUGCACCUUCAGGCCCAGCUGGUUCCUGCUUCCAGUGUGUUUUGGGCUCCUGUCAGUUACAGAACCAGUCCAGUGUCAUGUCUGCCAGCUCCUCUGCAGUCCCAGCUGGUUUCAGGAGCUCCCACCAGAUCCUCCUGCCUGCACCCCCUCCCAGCUCUGCUGCAGCUCCAGGCCUGUGUGGCUGCAGGGUGAGUCCAGCCAGUCCUCCUGGGAGCAGCAGGGCUGCAGCUGGGACUGUCCCCUGGGAUUGGGAUGUCCCAAGGGAACUGCCUGGGGCUGAGAGCCCUCUGAGAGGUCCUGCCCCUGAAGGCUCCAGUUCGUUUGCAGCACCAGGGCCUUGUGGCUCCAGCUCAUGUGCAGCUUCAGGUCCAGCUCAUGGAUGGUGCCAGCUGGUUUGUGAGUCUGUUUGGUUGCAGCUGCAGCUCAUGGGCAACUCUGGCUGGAGCUCGUUUGCACCUUCAGGCCCAGCUGGUUCCUGCUUCCAGUGUGUUUUGGACCCCAGUUGGUUUCAGAACCAGUCCAGAGUGAUCUCCUCCAGCUGAGCUGCAUCUCCACUGC